GUGAUGACAUACCUCAAUUUCUGUGGAGUAAUGAACAGCGGAAAAAGCUCCUAGAUCCCAUGCCAGAAUCACUGACUGCUUCUCCAGACUUCCAUUUGGAGAAUGGAUCUCUGCCUGCAAUGGUGAUUGAGAAAGAAUUUGAGCUAGGAAAUGAGACUUAUUGUAUCAAACGGGAAUAUUGGGCCAAUGAAGAAUACAAGAUAUGUUUUGCUGUUCCAGCUAACUUUCCCCAGUUGGAUGCAAAGGGAUUUGUAAUAAAGGUGUAUUCUCAGCCUGUACCUUGGGAUUUUUAUAUCACACUUCAACUACAGGAGCGUUUGAAUACUGAUUUUGACCAAAGCUUCAGUGAGAAUUGCAGCUGUUUCCUCUACCAAGAUGGCUGUGCUGUUCUACACAGGGAUAUCAAUCGCUUUAUACUUGGG